AUGGACAAAGGAAAGGGAAAAGAAAAAGGAGAGCAGCCCGAGCUUGCGACGAACGAUGCAUCCAAGCCUGCUUCAAAGGAGCACCUGCCAUGGGUAGAAAAGUACAGGCCGAGCACGUUGGACGAUGUCGUGUCUCACCAAGACAUAAUCCAGACCAUUCAAAAGUUCAUUUCCGCCAACCAACUACCCCACCUUUUAUUUUAUGGACCGCCUGGAACGGGGAAAACGUCGACGAUCUUGGCCGUUGCCCGACAACUAUUCUCGACUCCGAUGAGUUUCAAAAAUAACAUCCUUGAAUUAAACGCCAGUGAUGACCGUGGGAUCGAUGUUGUGCGCGAACAGAUCAAGAACUUUGCAAGUGCCCGAAUGGUGUUCAGCUCUGGGUUCAAGUUGAUUAUCCUUGACGAAGCAGACCAGAUGACGCAAGCAGCCCAAUCUGCCCUCCGUAGAGUGAUCGAACAAUACACCAAAAAUGUCAGAUUCUGUAUUAUCUGCAACUAUGUCAACCGGAUCAAUCCCGCCAUCCAAUCUAGAUGCACCAGGUUCAGGUUCGGACCUCUCGAUCAUCCAGAAAUCGAACGUAGGAUUGCACACGUUGCUGACGCAGAGAGUGUCAAGAUCGCAGAUGAUGGACGCAAGGCUUUAUUAAACCUCUGCAAGGGCGAUAUGCGCCGUGUCCUUAAUGUCAUGCAGGCCUGCCAUUCGGGAUAUGGCAAAGUCGACGAGGAUGCAGUCUAUGAAUGUACUGGCAGUCCUCAUCCCAAACAAAUAGAGCAAAUUGUUGAAAGCAUGAUGAAUGAUGAAUUCCAAACCAGCUUUAAACGCAUUCAAGACAUCAAAAUUAACUAUGGUUUGGCUCUGCAAGAUAUCAUUUCGGGUAUAUACGAUUACCUGCGGACAAUAGUCUUCGAGAAAAAUGCGCAGAUUUACAUUCUUGACCAACUAUCGCAGAUCGAACAUCGAUUGUCAACCGGUGCGACUGAAAAGAUCCAACUAUCGAGCUUGUUGGGAAGUUUUAGAAUCGCUGUUGAGAUCACCUCGAAAUCCCAAACUGCUUGA